UUAGAAUUAAUUUUGAAUUUGUAUUAACAUUUAAAAUAUCAUCACAUCUAUUUCUCUUUUUAUUUGAUUUGCAGUACGUUGGAUCCUUCUCUGUGGUGCAUCUCACUCCAAACUCCCGAGCAGAGUUCGUCAGACUUCAGCUCCAAUCACUACAGCAUCCAAAGAAGUCGAGACCGGUGAUCCUACAAAUAUCUCUGUCUGGAGUGAAAGUCUGCUCACCAGAAGAUGAAAAGGUGGUUCUGAUGGCGCAUGGUCUGAAGCGGAUAUCGUACGCCACCUGUGACCCGGACUACGGCCAGUUUGCCUUUCUCGCCCGCAACCCUAAAGGUCCUGUCGGCGUCCAAUACUGUCAUGUUUUCAUUACGCAAGAAGAUUAUGAGGCAGAGGAGAUCAAUGCCAUUAUCAGCAAGGCCUUCAAGGUUGCUUACGCUAGCAUCCGCAGCAAGAAGCAGUUCUACGAGCUGGUGGAUGAACUCAACCGCGAGCAGGAGGAGUACUUUACGCAGAUCACUCGUUUGGCGGAGGAGGAGGAGCUUAAAGCAAAGCGUCCUGAAGUCCUGAUGGCAAACCAACCAGUGCUGUCUUCAGACAGGGUGCGAGGAUUCUCUGUUGGACAGAGUAAAGUCUGGAUAAACCGAAAGAGCUCUGUGGCUAAACAGCAAGCGGGAAAGAUACAACACAAGCAGCCACACCUGAUCGCUGCUAUGGAAGCUCCGCCCACAUUACCAACACAGCCCUGUGAUUUGUCGAGAGGACCACUCCCACCUUUGCCAGCGUCCAAUCACAGUGGGUCGCUUGGCAGUCGUCUCUCAGAGCCAGCUGGAGAUCCGUCUAUGAGGGAUAGUUGGGUGAUCGUUGAUCCUGAUAGCGAAGUGGAUCCCGAUGGAAGACCGAUGUCACCAUCAGCACCUCCUCUCUCACCGAAGGACGCUUAUUCCCAAGAGCCUGUUGCCAAACAGACACAGAAGAGCAAACCAUUGCCUCCAGCACCGUACUACGAAGUAGACUUUUACAAUGAAUGGAGCUUACAGAGCGCACUAGGACGCAACUCUGCACUUUCAGUUGUCUCUGAAACAGACAGUAACACUUCUUGCCAAAUCUUGCUCCAAGACGAGCACCCACCUCCCGCGUUAAUUGCUGGUAUUGCGCCCGCUGCUGCUGGACCUCAUUCCACAGGACAGAUUCUUCUUCAAGACUCGAGUGUACCGCCGCCGUUUGUGUAUGGUGGCAGAUCAGGAAGCGAGAAUUCUUUCGAUGAUAUGACCGUGGAUGAUGUGUAUGCCUUUGAGAACUACAAGAUGGAUUUUACCGGGAGGGAGAGCGUCAUUAGUGCUGGAAGCUUCGACGAGGAAGCCAACUUCCGCUAUCAGCUGAAGUGUGCGGAACAAUUUAUUAAUGCUGUGUAUGAUGUAGACUCCACGGAAGAAGACUUUGCACGACCGAAGUUGAGCUUCCGAGACAAGCUGAAGCGCAAGGACCACAGUGAACGAGAGAAGGAGAAUGGACAUCGGCAAGAUGAUGGUGAUAGUGCCCUUGGAGAAGAUGAAGCAGAGAGGAGAGGUAAUAUCAGUCACGGAAGCGAUGAUAGCGUACCGUGCAUUCAAAAUGGACAUGUCUUCAAGAUGACAGGUGAUGAGAGUGAGGAUGAGAGUCGAGAGCGGUGUCGGGCUGAUUAUGCUGUUCCAAGAACUCCAGCUAAAGCAGUAGAGCCAAGCGCGCCUCCAAGGCCGCCACCUCCUCCCACAUCGCAAGAAGAAGGACCAAGUGAACGCAAAAGGCCUGUGCCAGCACCAAGGCGGAUAUCUCCUGAAAUAGUUGUCUCUCCACCAUCCUCUUCAAACCUCUUAAAGGUCGACCCUUCAGGAGUGGCUGAACAACGUCCUCUUGUUCCGAGGCGACCUAGUGCAGAUUCAAAUGUGAUUUUGAAUGGAGCUGCAUCGAUAGUCGCUGCUGUGUCUCCAAUGAUGCAGUCUUCAAGUGAGGGAUUAUCGAGGAGCAGCUCGAGGUCAAAUGUCAUUGACCCGACCCCGUCCAAUGCUGCAGUGGCCUCCAGCCAAAGAUUUCCUCAAUCGCAACAAUCAACAAUGCAGAUUGGCCAGUCCAAUGGCUUACCACAGCCAAGGGGUGCAGCCUCAUCAAGAUACUCUGAUACUAACUCAUCCAAUAACCCCAGAACACAACUUGAUGAAGCGAGAGCUAAUUCCAUUGUUGAUACGACCUACUCUGGGACACCGGGAUCACCAGACAAAAGAUCGCUGAGGUCACCGGGUCAUGUAGGUCACAAGGUGGAAGUAGAGAUUGGACAGUUCCGAUGCAAGAAGAUCCCGCUCAAAGGAGGACCUCCCCCUCUCCCUCCAAGAUCGACAUCUCUCACUGAGAUACCAGAUGAUGAUGAUGAAGAAGAAGAUACAGCGCAAGGAAAGGGAGUGGUAGCACCAUGGUUUAAAGCAGGCAUUCCAAAAGAAAUAGCAUUUGAGAUUCUUCAUCAACAAGAGAAAGGAGCGUUCAUUGUGAGAGAGAGUAAGAGUCAUCCUGGUAGCUAUGCUCUCUCUAUGAAGGUGGAUACUAACUUCAAUGAUUCUAGUCUGGCUAAUUACCUCUUGGUCAGGUCAAAGAAUGGCGGUUACACCAUCAAGGGAUUUGGACGAGACUUCCCUGACCUACCCCAGCUGGUGCACUUCUACACCCUCCAUCAGGACCAGCUCCCGUGUAAGCUGGUCAUCUCUGGGACCAACCCUCUCUACAGGCAGGAUGCUAAGGGUGAGAUGUCAGACUCUGACGAUGAAGAGGACCCUGACUACCGCCGUGUCACUGACUACAAAGUCAUGCUAGAGGGCGCUCAAUAGAAUUUCAGUUAUUCUUGAGGGCGUUCAAUAAGAUAUGAAGCUUCUUUAUAACAAGACACUAAGAGUGAGAUGUCCGAGUCAGACGAUGAGGAGGAUCACGGUUACAGCUGCAUCACUGACUACAAAGUCAUGCUAGAGGGCGCUCAAUAGAAUGUCAUACUAGAGGGUAUUCUGUGAGAUAUGAAGCAUUGGAUUUCUCCACUCUGGUACCAUUUCUAGCUUUAAAGCCCAUCUGUACAAGUGUACUGGAGGGAUUAGACCACCCUGCAAGGUCACUGGACAUGUGGUUAUCUCAUCAAAUCAGCUCUCAAUUAAC